AUGUAUUUGCCCCAGGGGCUCAGGGAGGUUAAGGAGCCAAAUGGUUGCUCCACUUGCCAGGAGGAAACAUGCCCCCCACUGCCCCACAUGUGCUGGGCAAGCCGGGUGCGGGACCCCUGUGGCUGCUGCUGGAAGUGCGCCAACGUAGAGGGGCAGAGGUGCGACCUUCCUGGGGGCAUUUACCAGUUUGGGGAAUGUGGGGACGGGCUGCUCUGCCACGAGGAAACCAGACGCUGUAUCUGUGAGACCCAGGAGAAGGUGUGCGGGACGGACAGACGAACGUACAAAAAUGUCUGCCGUCUGAAGGAAGCUGCCAGAUACAAAUGGAAGAGGAGCCUCAAAACUUAUCAGCCGGGGCCCUGCCCCUGGGAGCAGGAGAGAGCUCCAAUCUUCAUCACGCCCCCGCGGGACACUUUGGCCAUUGCCGGUCAGGGCAUUAUCCUGGGCUGCGUGGUUUCUGCCCAUCCAGUGGCACGAAUUCAGUGGAGGAAGGAGGGCACCGAGGAGCCACUGCCAGGAGGCAGCAGCAACAUGAUUGUUCAGACUCAUGAGGGGCCCCACAGACACCAAGUGGCAGGCUGGCUGCAGAUCCACCCCCUUGGCGAGGCCGACGAGGGGCAGUACGUUUGCGUCGCAUGGAAUAAGUUUGGAAGCAUCUCGGCAUCUGCGACCCUGAGCAUCAGCCGCCCCGAUACCCUCUUUGCUGCCGGGGAGUACGGUCUCCACGCUGCUGGGUUUGACUUGUCGGAUGAUGAAGAUGCUCAGGACAGAUCCCAGGAUGGUCCCUCUGGAUCAGAUGUGUGA